UUGUGAAGUAGAACUAGCAAGUUCUUUCUUUGGAAAAGGGAUGGCUGAUUUUUCUGGUCAUUGGGCUUUUACAUUUGGUGUCCUCGGAAACAUUGUCUCCUUUUUCGUGUUGCUUUCUCCACUGCCAAUUUUUUAUAAAAUAUAUAAGAAGAAAUCAACAGAAGACUAUCAAUCAAUUCCAUACGUGGUUGCUCUAUUCAGUGCAAUGCUUUGGAUUUACUAUGCAUUUCUCAAGUCCAACACCACCCUUCUCAUCACUAUAAACUCAUUUGGCUGCUUCAUUGAAACUAUAUACGUAGGCUUUUACCUUUUCUACGCACCCAAGAAAGCACGGGUCCAAACUGUAAAGCUACUGCUUUUAUCAAUAUUUGGAGGGUUUGGACCUAUUGUCCUUGUCACUCAGUUUCUAUCCAAAGGAGUUGUUCGUGUGCAAGUUGUUGGAUGGAUUUGCCUUGUGUUUUCCUUAAGUGUAUUUGUAUCCCCAUUAUGUAUAGUGAGGCAAGUUAUUAAAACAAAGAGUGUGGAAUACAUGCCAUUUUUCCUCUCUGUUUUUCUCACUUUAAGUGCUGUUAUGUGGUUCUUCUAUGGUCUUCUAUUAAAAGACUUCAAUAUUGCUAUUCCAAACGUAUUGGGAUUCAUCGUUGGUAUCCUCCAAAUGGUGCUCUAUGUCAUAUACAACAAGAAAGAGGAAGUCAUUGUUAAGGAGCAGAAAUUUCCUGAGCUACAAAAUCAUGUCAUAAUCUUACACAAUGACAAGAAUUUCCCAGAACUAACUGAAGAACAGAUUAUUGAUAUUGUGAAACUUGGUUCACUGAUUUCAUGUACAGAGAAAUUUAAUGUCGUUUCAUAUCUGCAUGAAAAUGUAGCUGAAACAGCUAAAGGUCAUAAGAAGCUACAAGCGGUGGAAAUUAAUCUGAGACUUAGCUAGUAAUUCAUUCGCUAAUUUCCCGGGUAUAUCACAAAAUGCACAUAUAUAAAUUUACAUUAUAUACACUGAUACUUUAAGUCGGACACAAUGAAGACUAUUUUGUAUCUGUUUCUGCUAGCUACAUGUAAUUAAUACGAACUUUAUGACGGAUGAACUGAAUUGUAUUAUGAUGAUUCUUAAGUAUCAAAUGUGUAUUAAAUUUCUCAGUUAAUUUAAGGUCUGGUAUCCGUCCC